CAGGCCGAGCUCUCACCUUUGACACUUGAUACAACCGGAAAAGGCGGAGCCGGAAAAUAGGAGAACACUUUCCCCACUCGAUGAGUGAUCAGCCAGAUGAUGGCCUCAGGCGCCAUCUACGUCUCCGGGUUUUCCUGUGGAUCUACGGCAUCGCUUUGGUCUUCAUUCUGCUGGCCAUUCUGCUGCUCAUUAUCCCGGGCCUGUUGCGAGGAUAUCCCCUGGUUCCCGAUGACCUGGCCACCUACUGCUUCUUCGGCAUUGGAUUGUCCAUCCUCUGCAUUUAUGUCAUUGUAACUUGGCUGCGCUGGAAGUUUCCCUUGAACUGGCUGAUUAGCUGCUCGAUUGCGGGAUGCUUGGCCUUGGGAACGGUUUCGAUCCUACCCGAUCAGUUGACCCUGCACGUCCUGCUGCUGAGCAUCGAGAUCCUCAUCAUGAUGGCUUUACUGCUGGUGGUGGGCUCCUGGAUUCUACCCAAUUGCCCCGCACUGAUGUACCUCCUGCUCACCUGGUUCAUAUUCGUCAUCUUCUCGAGCGUCCUGAUGGUCGGAGUUACGGUUCACCUCCGGAACUGGCUUUAUGCCUACGAAGUAGCCGUUCACUUUGUGCUCUGGCAAGUCAUGUGUCCGCUGAUUGUGUUCCAGGCACAGGUGAUCUCCGGCUAUUGGGACAACUGGCCGCCCAUUCUGGACAGGCCACUCUGCUCCACGAUGCUGCUGCUCGACUUUCUCGCCUGCUACAUCUGUCUGGACUCCGCCGACGACAUUGGAUUCGAGUUCCUCUACGUGGGCCAAAGGUCCAACCAAAAGUUCUUAGCCAGGUCCAUUAAGAGUCAAUGGGAGAUGAUGAAGGACUCGAAGUAG